UAUUUACUAGUUGAACUUCCGCCCAGGCAGCAGUGAAGGUGGCUGGAGGAGCCCAGUGCAGUGUGACACAGGCCGGACCCACUGCUCCAGGUUGCCCGGUAGGCUGCCUGCGGAGCUUCACGUAGACUCUUCGUAUUCCGAGCACAGAAGAAGGACAACCAUACCCGCUGCAGCUAACUCAAAAACCCCUCGAUCGUUCCAGCAUUUUUUUUUAACGCUUUACAGGCGCCGCUCGGUUUGUGGUUACUUAAUGGGGCAGCAAGGUAGGCUACCGCGGCUGUCGCCAGCAGCACUGCAACUUUAUUUUCACGGACUAAUGCGACACACAGACCUUCUAUAACCGCUACAUCGCUCGUCUUUCAACACAAUGGCGGAUUUUUUAACCUUAACGACACAUUUAACGCGCUUUUAUUUUUAAAAGUCGGAACCGCGCGGACGCCUAACUUCGACCAUCGUUCAGAGGUCGACGUCGACAUUAACCAACAAACAAACACACAGGAAAAAAAACAUUUUAUUAUCCUCAUUUUUUUUGGCGUCGCUUGGAUCUACGUAAGGGGGAAAAUGCGUUUUGUUUCGUUUUGGAUGUCUCUUUGGUGUUUCCUUCGCCUCGGAACCACCGGCCAAGAGAAGUCGACCCCGGCUAUUUGUUCUCCCUCAUGCGGCUGCGAUGAAGAUGGAGGUGCGGACUGCUCCAGCAGGGGACUGACCACCGUCCCUAGCGGCCUCAGUGCCUUCACCUACUACCUAGAUCUGAGCAUGAACAACAUCACUGAGCUUCCAGCAAAUGUUUUCAAGAACUUUCCCUAUCUGGAGGAGUUGAGACUUGCAGGGAAUGACUUGUCCCUCAUCCACCCUGAAGCCCUGUCUGGACUGAAUCAGCUCAAAGUCCUGAUGCUCCAGAAUAAUCAACUUAAGACGGUACCUAGCGCUGCACUGAAGAACCUUCAUUUUCUCCAGUCUCUCCGACUAGAUGCAAACCAUAUUACCGCAGUUCCAGAUGACAGUUUUGAGGGUCUUCAGCAACUGCGCCAUCUUUGGUUGGACGACAACAACCUUACAGAAGUCCCUGUCGCUUCUCUGAGGCACCAGGCAAACCUACAAGCACUGACGUUGGCACUUAACCGCAUCUUCUACAUACCAGACAACGCCUUUGCGAACCUCACCAGUCUAGUUGUUCUGCAUCUUCACAACAACAGAAUUAAAGAAAUUGGCAGCAAAUGUUUUACAGGUCUUCUGAAUCUAGAAACACUAGAUCUUAACUUCAACAACUUGCUUGUUUUUCCCAAAGCAAUAGAUGCACUCCCCAAGCUAAAAGAAUUGGGGUUUCACAGCAACGAUAUUGCUUCCAUACCCGAUGGAGCUUUCCUAAACAACCCUCUGCUGAAAACAAUACAUUUCUAUGACAACCCUAUGUCCUUUGUGGGUGCUACGGCUUUCCAGAACUUGUCUGACCUCCACUCUUUGAUGCUUAGAGGAGCCGACAUGACGCAUGACUUCCCAGUCCUCACAAGGACCAACAACCUUGAGAGCCUGACGCUGUCAGGAACCAAGAUAUCGGCCCUCCCCGCUGAUUUGUGUGACAAUCUCAAGCUCCUUGAGACACUAGAUUUAUCCUACAAUGAGAUCAAGGAAGUACCAUCCCUUCAAGCCUGCGUCUUACUCCAGGAGAUAAGUUUUCAGCACAACCAAAUAGAGGAAAUUGGCAGAGAUACGUUUCAAGGUCUUACUGCUCUACGUUUACUAGAUCUGAGUAGAAAUAAAAUCCAAGUUAUUCACAGAGAAGCUUUCCUCACCCUUUCUGCACUCACUAACCUAGAUCUGAGUAUGAACUCGCUGAUUGUGCUUCCAACAAGCGGACUGAGUGCCGUCAGUCAACUGAAACUCUCAGGCAAUCCACACAUGAAAGAUGUGCUGACUGUGAGACAGUUACCCAAACUCAGGUCCAUUUCCGUUCCAUACGCCUACCAGUGCUGUGCAUUUGUUGGAUGCGACUCGUUGACAAGUUUUAGUGAGGAUGGUGACGUUAAGAGAUCAUCAGGUGGCGACGAAGUAGAAAGAAUUUCAAUGAUUAUGCAUUGCUCUCCUUCACCUGGAGCUUUUAAGCCUUGUGAGCACCUUCUCGGCAGCUGGAUGAUUCGCCUGACAGUCUGGUUCAUCUGCCUGGUGUCGCUGGUCUUUAACAGUCUGGUGCUGGUUGCCACAUUCCUCCCCUCACGCUGCACCUUAGGCCACACCCACUGGCAGGCCUCAUCCAUCCCACCGGCCAGGUUUCUGAUGGGGCUUCUGGCCCUGGCUAACCUGCUGACGGGCCUGUACGUGGGUGUAUUGAUGGUGUUGGACGUCGCCACGUGGGGAACCUUCGCCGCCUUCGGCGUGUGGUGGGAAAUGGGGACCGGGUGCCAGUUCACUGGCGCCCUGGCUGUCUUCUCAUCAGAAUGGGCUGUUUUCCUGCUCUCCCUGGCCGCAGUGGAGCGUAGCGUGGCCGUGCGGAAUAUACUCGGGAAGGUGAUGAUGUCACCCAGAAGGAGCGGCCUCAGCCGGAGAGGGUGUUGGAGAGGAGAUCGACACUUUGUCCUCGCUGCAGGAGUGCUUGGGUUAGUUGCUGCGACUGCAGCGUGCCUGCCUCUACUGACCUUCAGCGACCAUUCUGCCUCGCCACUUUGCCUGCCCUUCGCCGGGGCUGAGAGUCCAGCCUUGAGCAUCACUGUAGUCCUGGUCCUCCUCAACGCAUUGGCUUACCUGUUCACGGCGGCCGUAUACACCGAGCUGUACUGCCACCUUGGCAGGGUACAACUGGUCGACCCAGAGCAGACAGGUGCUCUGCGUCAUGUCGCGUGGCUCAUUUUCACCAACUGCAUCUUCUUCUGUCCCGUGGCCGCUUUCUCCUUCGCCCCCCUCUUGACAGGAUCCACCGUCGGCAGCCCGGAGAUCGCAAAGUCGGUCAUUCUCAUUUUCUUCCCGCUGCCCGCAUGCGUCAACCCGGUUCUCUACGUUCUCUUCAGUCCGGCCUUCAGGGAGGACUGGCUACGGCUGCGCAGCUGCGGACGUUUGGCCAGGGAGGCGAAAUCCGGCAGCGAAAGUCACAGAGACAACGAGGCCGCGGGGUCGGAGCUCACGGAUUGCGGCUCCUCGGCUCAUUUAGGCUUCGGCUGUGGAGUUUACUCUCAGCUCUGCGGAGAGACGGUUGCCUGUGAAAAGUGCGAGGCGGCUUUGCAUGCCAAGACCUGCUCUUGCACCUCGUCCCCCACGGCCUGCAGACACUUGGUGAAGUCUCGCAGCUGUCCCACCCUGCCGACGGGAGCGGCCCCCUGCCAGCGUGCUGAGGGAUUCUGGGCAGAUAGCGUGACGCCGUCCGCUCAGUCCGAAUACGCCGACGAGGGGGACUCGUUUGUUUCUGACAGCUCCGACCAAGUUCAGGCGUGCGGCAGAGCCUGCUUCUGUCAGAGCAGAGGCCUCCCUCUGGUACACUACUCGUACAGUAUACCUUCGGGCCAAGACUAGCACCGCCUUAAGAGUACAGAAACGGAAGGAAUGUGCCAACGACCCUGGUGAAAGAUUACAGCAAGCACUUAGGUUGGUUUUGACUGUGUGAACAGACUCAUUUAAAGGGAACUUAAGUCAUGUGGAGGAGAAAAUGGUGUCGCCUGGUGUGCCUGCCCUCUGCCUUGGAUGGGGCCCUAAAAGCCUCCUUCACUUUUUGUACGCUUUUUCAUGUAGUUUUAAUUAUUCAAAGCCUGUCAAAUGUUUAAAUUUCCUCUACAGCAACUGUUCAUUUUAUACCUGGGUGUAUAUUUUUUUUACAUAAAUGUAGCAAAUGUAAUCAUUGUAGAGUUUGAAUGUAUGAGUCAGGUGGUCUUCACCUCCCACAGGGAAAUGUAUGGUCUUUGUGACUGUGGUCUAACGCUAUUUCUACCAAACGCUUGUGUUGAGUCGCCAAGACUAAGAAUGUGAUCCGACAUCACUGGCGUUUCGUCAUGAGUGUGCCGGUGUUAUUUAUUGUUUGAACGGCAGCCAUGUUUGGAUGGAGGUUUGAAAUAUGAGCUUUUCAUUAAUAUACACUGUCACAGACUGUUCCCUACAGUACAUGAACUGGUACAUGUAAAUAUAGUUUCAUUUUUCCCCUAAUUAUUUGCCUAUUAGGAAAUAAGAUUGUUUCAAGUGGGGAUGCAAUGUUCUGUUGCCAGGGUCAGGUUUCUUUUAAGUAGGACAAGUUGCCAUUGUUCCCCUGAGCAAUAUGCGCUUUUAUGAACAUGUCAUUUUUAACUCCGCUUUGCACUUAAAAAAAACCAUUUUGUCUUUAGAAAGGAAAGCUACUUUUUACGGUAAUUACAGUUUGGCGACACAUUGACUUGAAUAUUUGUCAAUCAAAUACAGUGGUACCUCGGCUUACGAGUUUAAUUGGGCUGCUUUAGGCUGAGUUUUAUUUUAAGCCUCAACACCUUCCAAAAAAUGUUUUCACCAUUUUUCAUUCAUGUCUAACUGUAUUUUUUCAGAUCAAAUUGUAUUUGAUGCAUGUUAUGUACAAUACUAAAACAAACUAAUUGGAAAUGCAUUGUACAAUAGUUGACGUUUUUAGUGAAAAAUAACACUAAUUUGAUGCCUGUAUGGCAAAUAUGAAAUUUGCCAUUAUAUUCCUAUCAAUGGCUGAGCAGGAAGAGGUUAGGAAUACGUAAGAUUUCACAUGAAGCACCCUUUCCCUCAGUAAUUGACAUUUUACUUGCGCUUCUCCAAGCAAAACAAUUUAUGCACAGCAGCACAGUUUUACUUGCAGUGAAGAGCGACUUGUUACCCAAAAUACCUGCAUGUCACACACGGUUUCCGUGGGUCAUUAAAAGUCAUUAAACGUUUGUUUUUUUUACUUAAAUGGCAUUAAAAAUGAUUAAAUUGAUGUCUAGAGGCAAUAAAACAAAUUUAAAUGGAUCAAAUCACACAUACUACUGUAUUGGUUAAUUAAUUCAAGGCAGGCAGCAGUUAACGGUGCUACGUUUAUUUGGCGUGACCAACAAAGCAACUUGCUGCCGCCAUGACACCACCAUAACUGGCAGCUAUCACUACAGGAAAAUAGAAUUUUGGAUUAAACAGUCUUGUGGGCCAAUUCUAAUUCACUACAGAGUAACAGUUAAUGUAAACUUUUCAAAUAUUCAAGAUUAUCAUUGUCAAAUGCUUAUAAUGUUGUCUAUACAGGCAGUUAUAAGCGUUUGACUAUAUAUAUAAUAACUAUGUGCAGUAGGACUUGGGCAUUACAUUUUGUUUUAAGUGGCAUUAAAAAGUAUUAAAUAGAUGUGCGGAUACCUGCGGAAACCCAGAAAAAUGUAACCCAUUGAAAGUAAAUGAUUCUGUUUUGGGCCCCUAAAAUACACCACAAUUUGAACAUGUAUCAUAAAAUAUGAUACAUUUACUUUAGGGAUGCGUUAAAAUGUAAUAUCGGAAAUUAUCGGUAUCGGUUUAUUUAUUAUCGGUAUCGUUUUUUAAAUUUUUAAUUUUUUUUAAUUUUAUUAAAUCAACAUAAAAAACAUAAGAUACACUUACAAUUAGUGCACCAACCCAAAAAACCUCCCUCCCCCAUUCACACUCAUUCACACACAAGGGUUGUUUCUUUCUGUUAUUAAUAUUCUGGUUCCUACAUUAUAUAUCAAUAUAUAUCAAUACAGUCUGCAAGGGAUACAGUCCGUAAGCACACAUGAUUGUGCGUGCUGCUGGUCCACUAAUAGUACUAACCUUUAACAGUUAAUUUGACUCAUUUUCAUUAAUUACUAGUUUCUAUGUAAUUUUUAUAUUGUUUUACUUUCUUUUUUAUUCAAGAAAAUGUUUUUAAUUUAUUUAUCUUAUUUUAUGAAUUUUUUAAAGAAGUACCUUAUCUUCACCAUACCUGGUUGUCCAAAUUAGGCAUAAUAAUGUGUUAAUUCCACGACUGCAUAUAUCGGUUGAUAUCGGUAAUUAAAGAGUUGGACAAUAUCGGAUAUCGGCAAAAAGCCAUUAUCGGACAUCCCUAAUUUACUUCUAGAUAAUGACAAACAAUAUAUAUUUUAAUACAAACUACAGUAUUUUUUUUAUGAAGAACUGUAACAAUAAUGUACAGCAUUUAUUUUUGGUGAGUUGUCUUCUAUUGUAUCUUCUUUGAAGUGUUUCUCUGUCAAACACCAUCAGACUUAGACUUCCUUUUAUUGUCAUUCAAAUUUGAACUUAACAGUACAGAUAAGAACAACAUUUCGUUGCAUUAGCUGGUUGUAGUGCAGGAUAAAAGAGCAAUAAGGUGCAGAUAUAAAUAAUUAGAUUACUGUACAGAUAAAUAUAUUGCACUUUUGCAUAUGCAUACACGUUUAUGGAUGUAUGUUAUAUUGUCUUUAUACUCCAGCGAGUUAAUCCAUUUUUGGGGGGAAUUGAGGGAAUUAUUUUCAUGCGUUCAAGAGUCUUACGGCCUGAGGGAAGAAGCUGUUACAGAACCUGGAGGUUCUGCUACGGAGGCUGUGGAACCUCUUUGGAGUCCAGCAGUGAAAACGGUCCUUGGUGGGGGUGGGAGGAGUCUCUACAGAUCAGCAACGUAUACAUAUUUUCAAUGGGUACAUGUUUGACGUUUAGAAAUGAUGUCAACGUGCUUGGCUGGCGUAUGGUACAGACUGGCAGUGCUAUGCUAGUACACGUCAUGUUUUUCAAUGAUUUAUUUCUUUAAUUCACUGAAAUGAUCUACUUCUUUUCAGUCCUUCACACUCACUCACUUUGUCCCCGUUGUUGGAAAGACUAAGUUAUGUCUUGCUAUUUAUUAUCUAUCACGCUAGCAACUUAACUAACUAGUGGUGGGGAGGCUCGUAACCUGAAGCAUAACAAUUUCUCUAAGGGAGAGCUCAAAUCCCUAUGUGAGCCGAGGUACCACUCUAUUAGCUUUUUUUCACUGCCCUCCUGUCUGUGGCGGUCGUCAGAUUUGGAAAUAAUGAGUUUAAAAACACAAAAAGCAAAACAAAUGUUUAAAACUGCAAAUGAGAUAUCUUCUGUUGCUGCUUUUUGUCAUUUUUCAAGCCAGCUGUGUGUGUGUUUAUUUAGUUCACAGUGGCACCUGGCCAUUGUUGAGAAGAAGUAUGCCUCAACCCAUAACACAUUUAGCCGGAUGAUAUAUUGUUGAUGCAUUAUAUAUAUUGUCAGCAUUAUUUUGAGACCAAAUUAGGCACUAACGUAAUCAUAUUUUUUUUAAAUAAUAAUGCAGCUACUCCUUUCCAAAUCAAACAACUUUGAAUUAUCAUUGAUUUUUUUUUUUUUAACUCAUUGUAAUUGGAAGGCCAAUAACUUUUAAUUAUCCUAUAUGUAAACAAACAUCAAAAUAAAAAGGACUCUCAAUCGCUGGUAACAAAAACUGCACUUGAUGUGAAGUGCAGUUUUUUUUUUCCCGAGGGUGAGGUUGUUUUUUGUUUGUUUGCAAAUUUGGCAUACGUGCUCGUUCAUUCAAAGCCAAAAUAUCCCCACGCCGGACUUUUGCUUUGCAAUCAUCUUUUUUCCCCUCAUCAUUUGUUACUUUGCGGUGCUUCUCACUAACGAGGCUGUCUGUCUGUCUGUGUGUGAGCUAUCGGUCGCGCCUCCACCCACACAGACAAAGAUUGUGGUUGAUUGACAAGAGGGUUCACUCUGCUAUUGAAUAAAAUCGCUCAGGUGCUGAGAGCGUUGCACAGAGUGAACCCUCUUGUAUCCUCCUAAAGGCGAGAGGCGAAGAAAACGCACAUGAACACAAUGAUCAAUAGCGGUAGUUAUUGAGUUCAUUUUCACUUAUUGUUCCAACUAUUGAUGAAUUCACUAUCAGCCCAGGUGACCGUGACGAGCCAGGUGUGUGGUGUUUUAUGCGCAAGGGCCAACACGUAGUGCCAAAACUUUUCGUAGCAGUCCAAAUUUAUAAGUGAAUGUAUGGGAAACACUGAAAUAAGGCCCUUCAAAUCUGAUCCUUGUCAUUUCCACUGUGCAGGCGUUUCUAAAGUGUUCCAAUUGAGUGCACACUCAUGUGGAUCUCAUAAGAUCUCUCUCUGAGCUUGGCUGAGGUUAUUGCACGCAUCCGGAAUCCAACUCACAAAAUGUUGUCUCCAACGCCACGAUAAUAUUGUGACCUUAAUGUGCGCCUCGUGUACAAUAGGAAGGGGCUUUAAAAUGGCCCCAUUCGGCACGGUUUAUCUGACACAUGAAACGUGACAAAUUGAGAUGGCAUUAGAGUGUUGAACAUUUUUAAAAUGUGUUUUGUGGCAAUUACAAUUUGGACCACUGUGUCAGUUGCUAUGUAGAGUGGCCCUUUCCAUCAUUUACAGCAGGCCGCACCGCAAAAUGAUUAUCCGCUCUCUUCCUCUCACGCGAGAUCCACCCUAGAAUGGGGCCCAUAUGAAUUCCUUUCCUACUGUAGCUUGCCAACAUGUCCUUUGAUUGUUUGACAUAUUUCUUAUCCCAAGUCAUGAAAAUGUACAUUUCUGUAGCUAGGUUGUUCAUUUUGGUAUUCAUGUGUAAAUUAUUUGAAUAACCACAAGUGGGAUGCUACUUUAGGAAGCUACCUCCUCAGUUGUAGUAAUUAGCAGCAGUCCUUUAAAAGACAUCCUUGACUUUGUUCCUUUUGUUGUCGUCAUUGAUGUUUGUGCUAAUUAUGGGAGGAAUAUGUUAUGUAAACUGUGAUUUUUUUUGUUUUUGUUUUUAGUUUUGUGAAAAAGUUAGGAUAGUCCAUGGUGUAACUGAAUGUACACACAAGGGUCUAAAUUGGACAAAACAUGCACACCGAGCUGUGUUGCGUGUGCUGAUUUUCCUGUUCUGUGCACUGUAAUUAAAUCCCAAAGUUUUACUGUGAAAUAAUAAAAAUCAUGAAAUUUAGUACACAUCUUUAAGGGACUGACAAGCACUUGUGUGUAAAAGCUGAGCAAGUUUGAAAAACAUGACCGUAAAAUACCAAAAACCAAUUGUCCAUAAGUCAUCGACCAUUUUGGAUAAUUAUCUUACCAUUUUAACACCAUGGGUUGUGCUGAUUUUUCACUAAAAGUAUGCUAAAUUAAUGCAAGACAAGUUCAUUUUUGUUCAUUUUUUUACUUGGUUUUUUUUUACAUCUGAGAUCUUCCCGGGCUGUUUUAUCUGCUCAUGUAGAAAAAAUGUGAAUAAAUCUGGA